AUGUUACUCGGAGUUCUUCACAACACAUCACAUUCGGUGAAUCGUGAAAGUGUGGAAGUGGCCAAAUUACCUGAUGAUUUUAUACCAACUGAUAUGCAUUGGUUGCUAGGACGUGGUACCGGCAGUGGCGGUGGCAGCACGAAAAGCAGUAGUAGUGAUACACUGUUGAUUUCGAGCAGUGAUGGACGUUUUGUGAUUUUGAAUAAAAGUGCUCGUGUGGAGAGAAAUAUUUCAGCUCAUUCGCUUGCUAUAAGUUCGGGACGUUGGAGUCCAGAUGGUGCUGGUCUUCUGACUGCUUCGGAAGAUGGAAUUAUUAAGAUUUGGUCAAGAUCAGGAAUGUUAAGGUCAACGGUAGUGCAAAGUGACGAAGCUAUACGUUAUGCUCGAUGGUCCCCAAAUUCUACGGCAAUUGUUUUUUGUCAAGGAGGAUUUAUUUCUAUUAAACCAUUGGCAGCUAAUAGUAAGAUAACAAGGUGGCGAGCACACGACGGCCUUGUUCUCUGCUUAAGUUGGUCGAGCCAGACCGAUUUAAUAGCUUCAGGUGGUGAAGAUUUUCGCUAUAAAAUCUGGGAUUCUCAGGGAGCAAAUAUAUUCACAAGUUCCCUUGAAGAAUACGCCAUAACCUCAAUUGAUUACAACCCUGAAAAAGAUGUAUUUGUAGUGGGUUCUUUCAAUAGUUUGAAACUCUGUAAUGAAUCCGGAUGGUCACAUGGAAGCACUCGAUUUAAUUCACCAUCGAUUGGUUCGAUCUAUGGGGCAUCGUGGUCCCCCGAUGGAACUCAAAUAGCUUGUGGUUCAUCUACAGGAUCUUUGAUUGUUGGACACAUAGUUGAAAAACAAUUGAGAUCUAGAAAUCUCAAGGCAACAACAAAAGGACGUAAAUCAGUGCUAUUGCAAGAUAUUUCGAAUUCAACUUCGGAUGUUCUGGAAUUCCCCGAUCGAGUCAUAAAUUUUGCUCUGGGUUAUGGUCAUUUGAUUGUUGUGACUUCAAAUCAAAUUCAGAUAUUUAAUGAAAAAUACGUCAAUACUCCGACAAUAAUCGAGGGAAGAAAUGAUGUGAGGGCGCUUGAAGUUUGUAAAAAGUACUUUAUGGUUCUGGACUCAAGUUCAAUAUGGAUCUAUAAUUAUACUGGACGAUUGCAUUUAAGUCCACGUUAUCAGGGAUCACAGGCACAAAUUCCACUGCUCACAACAAAGUGUAUAUCUCUUGGUCUGGAUGUUUUAGCAAUUAGGGAAAACGCUGAUACUGCUGUUGUUCACACGUUUGAUCUAAUUCCGGGAGCAUCACGUCAAUAUGAACCUCAUACAAUUCGAGCUAAAACUCAAGUUGCGGAAAUUUCAGCUUGUAAAGCCGGUAACACUGACGAUCAGUUCAUAGUGUUCCUGGAUGGAAACCGUGAACUCUAUAUAACUCCAAGUCGAAAUCUGUCACAAAAAAGUGAAAUUUACAAAAUUGGAACACAAGUUACAUCGGUUAAGUGGGCUAGUGAAACAAAUAUCCUCGUAGGGCUGCAUGAUACUUGUUUUAGUAUUUGGUACUGCCCUGGCGAGGGGGCAAGUGACCCCACAAUUAUAGCAUUAACGACAAUAACUAUUGAUUCUGCUGAAUUAGGUAAAAAUAUCACAAUCGAAUCUUUUGAGGAUGCCAUAAUUUCAUUCUGUUCGUCUGGGGCACUUUUGUCAAUCAAUGUCAAUAUUUAUUGUGAAAUUCUGCAUCGUACUCUUAUGGACGGUCAAUGGCAACAGGGAUUGAAAAUAUGUCGAUUGGCACAGAGUACAAUAUUGUGGGCAACUUUGGCAGCGAUAGCAACAAAAAAAAAUCAGCUCUCAAUAAGUGAAGAAGCGUAUUCAGCUGCUUUACAAGUAGAUAAAGUAUCUUAUCUUCAUUACAUUAAGGAUCUCCCACCAUCAAGUGCCGAACAAAUGGCUGAAAACUCACUAAUGCUUGGACGUCUGAUCGAAGCCGAAACGAUACUUGUUCAUGGUAAAAGAUUUCAUGAAGCAAUAUUGUUGUGCCUUCGAAUGCAUAAUUGGCGAAGAGCACUAGAAAUUGCUGAGAAGAAUGCAGUUGACGUUGACAUUGUGAUAGAACAGAGGAGAAAAUAUUUGGAGGCCUUGGGAAAACCUGAAUUUGAUGAGUUAUUUUUGAAAAUAUCAAAGAAGACCGAGAGUGAAAUUGAUAAAAAUAUUUAUGUAUAAGCUAUUCUCAAGCAAUAUAAUUAUAAUAUUUCUUAAAA